AUGUCGCUCCGAAAGAGAAACACCGUCAUCAGUACAUCUUCAUCGGCAGCGGCAGCACAGGCAAAGGUGGAAAAUGUAUCAGUCCCAGGCCUCAGACCGUCGCCGCUAGACGGCCGCGUCACUACGUCGACAGGAACUGCGUCAUUAGAUUCUCUGCUCGCAGGCCAUUCUGGACUUCCGCUGGGAACAUCAUUGCUCGUUGAGGAGCAUGGCACGACCGACUUUGCUGGCAUCCUGCUUCGCUACUAUGCUGCCGAGGGUCUCGUCCAAGGCCAUCAAGUGCAUGUACUAGGAAUGCAUGAAGGAUGGAAGACGGAGCUUCCAGGAAUUCUUACCGACUCUAAAUCAUCCUCAAAAUCCGAAGCUGCGGGCGGUGACAAGAUGAAGAUUGCAUGGCGAUAUGAGAGUUUAGGAUCGGUUGGAACUCCUAGAGAUACACCACAAAGAUCGACCGGCACAUCUGCUGGCUCGUCUGGCAUCUUUUGUCACUCGUUCGAUCUGACAAAACGCCUAUCUCCUCAGGAUGUCAACGGCCAGAUCAGUUUCCACCCAUCGAUGGCUAUGCCAGGCGCGAGACCGACGAAGGAGUCUGGAUCCCCAUUUCAACUGUUUCUCAAGGAUCUGGGAACAAGACUUUUGAGCUCUUCGCCAACAUGGGUGCACCGAGUUGUAGUGCCUAAUCUCCUGUCUCCGACCAUGUACCCGACCUCUCUAUGCCGGCCUGAAGAAGUCCUGCAAUUCCUGCAUGGUCUGCGAGCUCUUCUUCGGCAGUUUCCAAGAAAGCUGACUGCUAUCAUAACUCUGCCGCUGUCUCUGUACCCACGAGCCACCGGACUCACAAGAUGGAUGGAGCUGUUGUGCGAUGGCGCCCUGGAGCUGAUCCCGCUUCAACUCGACAAAGUCCAUGCGCCCCCUCCCGAUGCCAAGUCCGACUCCAAAUCAGAUGAGAAGACGCAAGGUCUCCUCAAAGUACACAGCCUGCCCAUCCAUCACGAAAAGGGAGGAGGUGGCUCCGACGGCCACACUGGCGAAGAUAUGGCUUUUAGUCUGAGCCGGUCCAAAGGUCUCAUCAUCAAGCCCUUUGUGCUUCCACCCAUGCUGGAAGACGAGGAGAAGGAAAAGAAUCCGGCUUCUACCACCAAGACGAGCAUCGAGUUUUAG